AUGGAGAAGACAGACAGCAGCGGCGGAGGAGGAGGAGGAGGAAGACAGUUCGAAGGUCCUGUCAUGGAGGUUACUACACUUGAUCGUGGCAUUGCUAACUCCACUACCAUUGAUUUCCCGGUAUGGGACAAGAUCGGCGCCGUGGUUAGACUUACAUAUGAAAUCGUGACUGGGAUUGAAUCAUCUGGUGGGUUUGAUCCUUUUCUUGAUGCACUUCUUGCUGGUCUUGGCUAUGCAACACCACCUAUCAUGGCUCUUCUCCUUAUUCUCGAUGUGAGCAUUAUUAGAUAUGGUGGUGGACAUUGCUAUGAGAUGGACGAAGGUUUUGAGAACAGGAGGGUUAGGAGUGAGAUUCAUGGCUGUGGAUCGAAGUACGGGAAGGAAGUGACUGAGCUAAGGGAGUUUGUGCUGAGCCAAGAAGAGGCUUAUGAGGUUAAAGCUAAGCAAACCAAGGAUGUUGAAGAUGGUGAUGAAAACAAUGAAAAGGGGAGUUUGAAAUUCUCCAAGAGAGGUAUUCUUACUUUGAAGUAUCCAAUCGAGCAUGGUAUUGUAAGCAAUUGGGAUGACAUGGAAAAGAUCUAG